CCUUGUGUUGUGUUUUACUUAAAAAAACUUCAAGGGAGAUCGGAUUUGGGAGAAAGAAGCACAGAGCAAAGUAAAAAAAUGGCAGCAACAUUUGCAACCCCAUCGACGGUGAUAGGACUCGGAGGAUCCUCCAUCACCACCAAACCCUUCUCUUCAUCCUUUCUAAAACCAACAUUAAGCGCCAAGAACCCUCUGAAACUCGCCGGGGCAUCCGGAGGAAGAGUCACUUGCUUUGAGAGGAACUGGUUGAGGAGAGAUUUGAACGUGGUGGGGUUUGGGCUGAUCGGAUGGUUAGCUCCGUCGAGUAUCCCGGCUAUAAACGGGAAGAGCCUGACGGGUCUCUUCUUCGACAGCAUCGGAACUGAGCUGGCUCACUUCCCAACUCCUCCAGCUCUCACUUCACAGUUCUGGUUGUGGUUGGUUACGUGGCACUUAGGCCUCUUCCUCUGCCUCACUUUCGGACAAAUUGGAUUCAAGGGCAGGACCGAGGAUUACUUCUAAGCAUUAUCAAUCAUUACUCUUUCCAUUUGUACGAUAUGUCCUUUCUCUUCGUUAUGUGUAAUAAUUAUUAUUAAUCAAAAUCAAAACGACCCUAUCUUUGCUAUUUGAUGUUUUAA